AUAGCCGGAUUACAUAAGUUAAAUAAUUUUGAAUAAUUUGCUAGUUAUGGAUCGCGAGAGGCCCAACCGCUGGAUCUUGCGAAUCAGACCCACUACAUUGCCGCCGGUGGGAAUCUCAAAGUGGGACUGUUUCGGUGGCUGCAUGUAAGCGCCCAAGACAGUUGAGGAUGCUCGCAUCCGCACCACCUCCGGCGGAAUCAUUACCAUAGCCUCACUGUUGGCUAUUCUACGGUUUGUGUGGGGAGAAUGGGUGGACUACAGGCGGGUGGUCACCCGCUGUGACUCUGAAUGAGAACACGGGCGCUUCAGGUCCUAUCGAUCAUGGUCCUGGUCCAACGUUCCAAUGAGCGCUUUCUUUUACUCUGCUUUUGCUAAGAUAUGCACCUCAGGUAAGCGCUUACUGUUGUGCAAUCACACCAAUCAGUCUACGUGCUAACCCCUCACCAUUGCUUCCCCAUCAGAUAGAAGUGUAAUAUUGGAGAUUCGUUCCCUAUAUAUCCAGUUACUUUUCCCCCAAGCCUUACAUUUUGUUUCUCUAUUCCCAUUCCUCUGCCUAUUUUGACUAUCAGCUGCCAAUAGGUAUUAACCACGUGAAGCCAUUGCUUCUAAGUCCUAUUCACCAGGUGUGAUACAGCACCACUACAAUAUGAGCAACCAGUCUCUUCUGCAGUAUCUCUCUGUUGCCCUCCCGGCUAUUCCUAUUCAAGGUGCUGCCCCAUCGCGGAAUACAACAAACCCCCGCUAUGGUGCGAGAGACAUCACCCAGGUCGUCGAUUGGCCAGAGUUCAAUUAUGCUACAAUCAUUCAACGAUACGGCGGCAUUUUGAACUCAAAGCAGAUCGUUUCCGAUCCUUUCAGGUCCCCUCCUGCCGCUAUCAGAGAUGAACCUCAUUUCCACCUUCGAUUUGCCGAGCUGCUUCAACCACGUGUUAGGCGCGCACUUCGAGCCGGGUUCGAGGAACUAGCACCCCGGCUCCAGCAACUGAACCUUGUGCCGAUCACAUUUGACGGCGGAGGCUCUGCAGCAUACGUCGACCAGUUUCGACCAGACACUGCAUUCGUCGUCAUGGGGGGGACCUACGCCGACAGCACGAACCGAGCCCCAGGAGACAUGAAGGUCUCGUGGAAAUGGCGUUCUGACUACCGGUAUUCGCAGAACGCCUUCUUUCACGAACAGUACAAGCAGGCCCUAGCGCAGGUGAAUUUCUAUAUGCGCCAACACAAAGCGCGCCAUGGAUUUGUGCUUACUAACACCGAGCUGGUUGGGGUCAAACGUCUCGAUACAAACGGCCAUUUAGCUGUCUCUUCGGCGAUCCCCUGGACAGCUGGGGGCCAUGGCCAGCUUACUGUGCUAAUGGGAAUGUGGUAUCUAGGGAUGCUUGCAGCCGAAGAAACCAACUGGACCCUGUAACCCAGCUGCCUGUUUCUCAUCUACUAGACCAUAGUCAAUAUCAAUUUGGAGGUUUCACCUAACCUCCCUUGGUGUCUGCUUUUUGGUGUUGUUCGCGUAACAAACGUUUAUAUAUAUAUGAAGUAGUGCGUGGGUGAGCGACCCCAAUUACCGGGGGUAGGGGCAUAGGAGGGAC